AUGUGCCGACAGUUAGACGUUAUUGUCAAGCACAUAUCCUCUGAGUUGAACUAUGCCGACUCGAUAUCACGAGCUAAGAUCAACGACAAGGUUAUUGACGGUACCCACGUCUGCAAGGCGAUGUCUGUCAGCGAAGUGGUUUUUGACUAUAGGGAGAUUACGGAUGACGAGAUGGCUGAGAACAUAGUCGAGACCAACGAUGAAGAACCCUGCUCACAAUACACCACUUCUCCCGUGGCUAACGCCACGGAACCAACAACUGCAACCACCAACGGCAGGGACGCCCAAUGUAUUCCUACUUCUCCCGUGGCUAACGCCACGAAUACGUCAACAACAACCACUGGUGCUAAACUAGUAGAGGAGGUUACUACUUCUCCCGUGGCUAACGCCACAACCAACUCUUCAACGGUCGGUGCUCUGGUGAUGACUCUCAACUGUGACGGUAUUGACCUACCCAACUACGGCUCCUUUACCACUGAACAACAAGAAGAACUACGUGAACUCGCACGAUAUGCCAAGCCCGUGGAUUCCACGGCGUGGAAGAGAUCGACCCAGAGCUACUACAGGAUGGUAACUACGAAGACCGCAUCAGUGCUUGCGUAA